AUGGAGCGCAAUUUGAAAGACUCCAAGUGCUUCACUGUCACCCUAUUUGACAGACACCAGUCUGAGUAUAUCGUUGCCAAGACGACACCGACCGGGUUCUUUUCACUAGGGACGUACCGAGUUUCCCUUCAGGAUCGUACAUGCGACUGUGGAUACUUUCAGGCUUUCCAUUAUCCAUGUUGCCAUGCGAUUGCAUGUUGUGCCCAGUCACGGCUUGACUGGUCUAUCUAUGUCGACGAAGUCUACACCAUGCAGAAAGUGUUUAGGAUGUACCAGAUGGGUUUUGUGCCACCAAUACCAGAGGGACUUUGUCCACCUUAUGAUGGUCCGACCAUUAUUCCGGAUCCUAGCUUGAGGUGUUGUCGUGAUGGGCGACCGAGGUCUACCAGAAUCCAGAACAACAUGGAUGAGGCCGACCCUAACCGACCGAAGUGA